CUCUUGUGGUAUUUUACUGGCAAUUUCAGAAAUCUUGUCCCCAAAUAGAAACCUCAAGAAGUUUCCAAGUUUAUACAGAUUCUCAGAAAGAAUCUUAAUUACUAGGGUUUUUUAAUUUUCUGAAUUUCAAAAUCAUCUCUGUAAAUCAUGUCCAUUAUUCAGCUUGAACACUAAGUACUGCUGCUGGUAUAUUUCUUGAAGAUACAGACUGAAUCGGCUCACAAUUGGUUUUUCUCAGCAUGUGUACCGGUUUCCUGGCAGUGUGAAUUUUGGGAGGAGAAAACAAGGAGGGAUAAGGAGAUUUGAAGAAGUUGAACAGAGGCCGGUGUAGAUCUUGGUGGUAGCAAGUCUGUGCGAAAAUCCUCAAGGGCUGAAGACUGGUGCUUGUAGCUCUGCAGCAGGAUCUGCAAACGCGGUGUUUUGGAAAUACUAAGGUGCAUUGGCCUGUUUCGUUGUUACUAUUAUUUUCAUCGUAGCAAAUUCAGCCGUAAUAACUGAACUUUUGCGUGCACAUUUCAGGGAAAUCAGAACUAAACACAGUGGUAACGUGGAUCAGUUCAUUUGCAUGAUUUAUUACUUAUGAGGAAGUUAUUCUCCUUUCGAUCUUCAUCUUCUAGCAACGUAAUCAACGACCGUGCUCCUCCCCCUGCACCACCUGAUAAUGAGGAGCUCUAUUGGGAAGCACCUUUUAAAUUUGGAGACAACACUCAACUGAACAAAACUCUAAAACAAAUCCCAGAAAGACAAAAUUUGGCUCCAUGUACAGGCCUUAGAAGGAGCCUCUCAUUUUCAUCCGCAUCAUAUAUUGGAUCUCCUACGAAUAACGGGAAUGUGCAUGCUCAAUCUGAUGAUAUUUUAGUUGGUUGUCAUUCCCGUACCCCGGAUAGGCACCCCAAAGCAAAAAGAGGUGAAGGUCUUGCUGCUAGGAACAAAUAUGGUCUGGAGAAGGUUGAAUCUCCCUGUUCAUCAAAUUCCAUUGACUCGAAACGUGACUCUGCUCACGGAUCUCCUCAACCCAAUUCUGCGCGUUUGGUUCAUGUCUCAAAUAAUGUUUUGGACCUUUACAUAGACGGGGAACAGAAUCAAGAUAUGAAUUUGAGAACAAGAAGCAGUUCUUUUAGAUGCCAAUCUAAUAUCGCAGUUGGUGGUAGACGGCCUCCGCGAAUUCAAACUACUGCACCAGUUUCCCCUGCGGAUAUGAGAAAAGACAAAGGGAGGUCUCAUUCCUUCAGAGAUAAUCAUCUUAGGCUUUCAACUAGAGAGUGGAAAAGAACAGAGUUUGGGUCUGAGUCGCCACAAAAACUUGCAAGAAAUGUUGUUGAGAGACUAUCUCAGGUGUUUCCUCAUAAGCCAAAAACCAGAUCCCGCGAUUUAAAUCCUGACACUCCAACCACGGUCGAAGAUAUCUUUGGGAGCUUCGUGGACCCAAAUCCCAGUUCAUAUUCUGAUGUUAUUACCCAAAAAAAUUGUGUGUCUGAUACACCUUAUGAUACCAUGACUGGUUAUGUUGGUGACGUGGGCAAGGACUUCUCAGAUGAAAGAUUUUCUGUGGCAGAUGCUUCAGUUUCCAUGUACCUAGACAAGGAGGACCUGGAGUUGCACAAGUACGCAGAUGAAGCCCAGGAGAGGGUCAUGUGUGUGGCUGAAGAAAUUGAGCAGGAUACUCUACUUAGGAGUCGAGAUUUCAGUGUGUCAGAAUUAUUUCAGACAAUUAGAAGUCUCAGUGAGGAGAAGAGAAGCUUGGCAGAGGAAGUUUUGACCCAGAUACAGUGCCGAAUUUCGGAGAGAGAAUCUGCUAGAGAAGCUCGCAGAGGGGCAAUGGUGGAAAUUGAUUCACGGACAAGAAGAUUGGAGCGAGAAAAAAAUGAGCUGCAGAAAACAUUGGAGCAGGAGUUGGAUAGAAGGUCCAGCGACUGGUCAUUUAAGCUUGAGAAGUACCAGUUAGAAGAGCAAAGGUUACGGGAGAGGGUAAGGGAGUUGGCAGAGCAAAAUGUUUCGCUCCAGAGAGAAGUCUCUUCUUCUAAUGUCAAGGAGGCGGAAAAUAGAAACCAAAUUGCUAAUGCGGAGGUACAGCUGAAGGAUUUAACUGCAAAAUUGGAAGAAACAACAAAGGAGAAUUGUGCUCUUCGGCAAAACUUGUCAAAACUGCAUGACCAGUGUAAAGGGGCUGAAAAUGAUAGAGAUUGUAUCAGACAGAGCUACAAAGCCACAGAGAAGGAAAUCAAAGAGUUACAGAAAACUGUAGCAAGGCUGCAGAGGACCUGCAGUGAGCAAGAAAGGACGAUUAAGGGUCUGCGGCAAGGACUUGCUGAGGAUGUUGAAAGGAAGGAACCCUUUGAUUACGAUGCUAAUAGAUGGAAAAUGGAGCAGGUUAGACUGACGGGGGUUGAACAAGUUUUAAGAAGGGAGGUUGAGUCAUAUAGACUUGAAGUUGAAUCUAUACGGCGGGAGAACAUGAAUCUGUUGGAUCGCCUAAACAAUAGUGGUAUUGAGGGUGGAUCAGCAGGCUUCAGGCUUGAGCAGGAGCUGAAAGAUAGAAUCUUUUGCUUACAGAAACAAGGAUUAUCAUUGUUCGAUGAAAGUUGUCAGCUGUGUGAAAAGUUGCUAGGAUUCUUUAACGGUAAAACAGAUAAGAGUGCUGGGAAAAUUCAAGAAGUUGGAAAGGAUGGGUACUUUAUAGUUGAAGCCAAUAUGAAAGUUCAAAAUAUGAAAAGAGGAAUUGAGAAUCUGACACGAAGUUUACAGUCAAUAUCACUGGUGUUGGAAGAAAAGUCGAAUACUGAGAAUGACAGCUCUGGGAAACUGAAGGAUAAGGCUUCAGAGGAUGAUAUUGCCUUCAAACUCAAGGCAGAAACUCUCUUGACAACCCUAUUGCGAGAAAAUUUGUUAUCUAAACAACAGGAAGUCGAGCAAUUGCAAGCUGAGGUGGCAACAGCGGCAAUAGGUCAUCAUAUUCUUAGAUCCGAGGUCCAGGGUGCACUAGAUUCCCUUUCUAGAGCAUCUCACAAGAUGAAGGAUCUAGAACUUAAGUUGAUGAAGAAAGAGGAUACUAUACAUCAACUGACAAGCCAACUCCAACAAUGUGAAAAAGAGUUGGCAUCGGUAAAGGGAGUGCUCUCGAAGAUGACUGAAGAGAGAGAUUUGUGUUGGGAUGAAGUAAAGAAUUACAGUGAGAAGAACAUGUUACUGAACAGUGAAGUGAACAUGUUAAGGAAGAAAGUUGAAAGCCUGGACGAAGAUGUGCAUAUUAAAGAGGGCCAGAUCACAAUUCUAAGAGACAGUCUUGGAAAUAGAAAGCCCUUUGACAUUCUCUAUAGUCCUAAUUCCAUGCAAGAGAUGGAGCAUUUUUGAGGAUUAUCUCUAUCCCAUUUUUCUUCUUAUACCUUAAAAGUAGGUUUUUGUUUAGAAACUCGUCAAUUGUGAAUUUUUGUUCUUCUUAUACCACCACCUAGGUUUAUUGAAUUACCUCCAACAAUCGCUUGUUGUAUAGUUUCUCUUCAUAUUUUACAGCUUAAUAAGAUUCAAGAAUUUAUCUAGUGA